CUCGAGCGCGCAGUGUCGGAGUUUUCCCGAAGAUUUGUAAUAAAAUAUAGCCGUGUGUGUGUGUACAGUGCUGUGUUUAUGUUUCCACAUCUCGGAUUUACUUUUUUCACUGGUAGCAGCGAAUCUCAAGAUUAGAUAAGAUAAAGAAGCAAGGACGAAAGAACACUCGUAGAAACAUGUUUUCGGCAAUAGCUAGAGACGCUUGCAGAUAGCAAGACAAAUGAAUGGUUAAAGAAAAACAUAAAAGUGACCAUGAUAUGAUAGGAGUGCAAGUGGUUUUGCCACCAUCGAAAGUGAAUCAAGUGAAGUGGUUACAGAAAAUGUUUGUGCAGUGAUUGGUGGUUUUAGUCAUGGGUUGCAAGCUUGGGAAGAUGGUUGCUUCGGAGAGGCAACGGGGGGGGAACACCACCCAGGAGUUGGGGGGAGGGCCGCCCCCCGCCACGGAUCCCCGGUUGCCGUUGACCGCGAAGCAGAAAUACUCCAUGCUGGCCUCCUGGAAAGGCAUAUCCAGGGCGAUGGAGAAGACUGGCAUUUGUAUGUUUAUAAAAUUAUUCGAAGAGAACCAAGACCUGCUGCACAUGUUCGAGAAAUUCCGCCAGUACCGGACCAAGGAGGAGCAGAUCAACUCCAUGGAGUUAGCAGAGCACGCCAACAACGUCAUGAACACGCUGGACGAGGGCAUCAAGGGCUUAGAUGACCUGGACAACUUCUUCGAGUACAUCCAUCAAGUCGGCGCCAGCCAUCGGAAAAUACCCGGCUUUAAGGUCGAGUACUUUUGGAAAAUCGAGACGCCAUUCUUGGCGGCGGUCGAGACUACCCUCGGCGACCGUUAUACACCGAACGUGGAGAACAUCUACAAAAUCACUAUCAAAUUCAUCCUGGAGACCCUUGUGGAAGGCUUCGAGAAGGGAGGCAUGGCCAACUCCACGUGAGCGCAGUGUGGAAACUAACUUCCAAUGAACAAGUAAGAAAGUGGUCCACUAGGUUAACAGCUGCUUCAGCGUCAGUUGCUAACUGCUGGGGGCAGUUGGUAACUGCUAGGCGAAUUAUUCAAGGACUUUGCAAACUUUUGAUAAACGUUGAACCCUUCGCUCGUAAUCAAUAAACUCAGCAAUUCAGACAUCUGUUAGCUUAGUGAGAACACUUCGAAGCGAGACUAGACUCCAUAAUCAGGAGAGGAUAAGCAAAUGUCAAUUUAACAGUGAGCAUUGACUAUACAGUGUUUUUAUGAGACUAUUUUACGGCGAUCCCGAUGUUACGAUGAACUGAAAGGCUUGCAGUGAUCAGUGGUCUGUUAUAGAUUCUUGUAGAAUAAUGUUUGGGGAAAUAUGAUUGUAGAUAAUAGCGCAAUGAGUGUGUCUGUUGGUGUAAUAUUUUAAUUAGAAUGUUAAGUUCUGCGCGAACGCACACCUUUCUUCAUGUUACUGGGAACAUAUUGAUGACUAUUUUCGAUGAGAACAUUUCGUCCAAAACUGUUGUGUACAACUGCCACUUAGUAAUGUUGCUGUACAAUGUAUUGAAUAGAAGUUCACCCAAUAUAAAAUAUUGUUGCUUCUUCUGUCAAACGCUGUAAGGCUGAUAUAAAGUUAUGUAGAUACAAACGGCCUAUAGGUCCUGGUAUGGUUAAUUAAAUGCUUGUGUCAUAGUAAGUGUGUAAUGACACGGGUCGCCAUACCAGAAACAAGAAUAACUAAAAAGCUAUAGAAGCGGACCACCCUCAUAUUGCACCAUGCUGUGACUUUUGAUAGGACUAAUCUGCUGGCUGGCCUGCCCUCUGUUAAAUUAAACUGUCAAAAAGUUAAUUAAUGGUCAAAUUAUGACAAAUAGCCCUGUACGCAAAGUCGUUUUUCAGUAUGUGCUCGUGUCAAAAAAAGGUGUGCGUUCUAGCAGCGCUAUAAUGUCACAAAACGCUUGUUAUGAUGUAAAAUAUAUUAAUUGUAAUUAUUUAUUGUUAUUGUAAUGUUGCACUAUAUUUUAAUUAUUAUAAUGGCUGGUCCAAAUGUAUUUUAUUCAUUUUAAAUGUAUUGACGUUCGAGUUUUCGCUUUUAAAAUCGUCUUCCGGUAUGUGUGUUGAUAUUUUUGUGACUUACUUUAAAUUUAUUUUUAUUUACUAAAAAUAAUUAUGACCUCUUAAUAAUACGAUAAAGGUACACGUUACCUAUUUCCUCUGGCAUUUGUAUCUUUUUUGUUGCAAGAACAUACUUAUUUUAUAUGUUUAAACGUUAGGGAUGUGUGCUAGAAAAAAAAAAUAUAAUUUUAUGAUAACGUUUAUUAUUGCAUCAAAUAUGUAAAAUCUGUCGUCGUAAAUGUUGUUUAUGUAUAAGUAACUAGUCCUACAAGAUAAUAUAUUACAUAAAACAUUAAUUGUAACAAUGUAAAUAUUUUCUAUACAAAAGAAUCCUUUAUGUAAAAGCGCAAUUUCAAGCACAAACAUUGUUUAAAACUGUAUACUGAAAAAUAUUUCUAAAAUCAUUUUGGAACUCAAAAAUUUUAUAACUUUUGUCACAAAAAUAAUUCAAAGUUAUUAUUUAAUUAUAUUUUGUUUAAGUAUUUGAUAGUCAAUUUAAUAUAAAAUAUGUAUAUGUGUGUGUAUGAAUAAAUUGACUAUACGAAAAAUCAUAGAAGCAGAUAAAGGUGUAAAUGAUUUUGUUAAGAAGGCAUAAUAAUAAACGACGCAUUUUCAUUUAAAAUUUAAAUAAUAUUAUACUCUCAACGCGACGGUAUACCAGCGGCUACAGGGAUCUCUUAACAUAAGAGGUACAAGAUUUUAUUACCAGGUAUGACAAAAAGUAUCGGAUGCAUAAGCACACCUACAGUAGUACUUUUAAAAAAAAUACGAAAAAAAAUUUCAGUUUCAUUUUGGUUUGCUUCUAUGAUUAUCGUUCACCAAAUGUAUGUAAUAUAGAAUUUUCUACAUGCUAUCACUAGAAGGGCCAAUAUUAGUCAGAGCAGACGUUUUAAUACAACUUUCGUACUAGUAUUAUAUUUUCUAAGGAAUAUAAUGCUACGAAGUGAGCUCUCCAAAUUGGGCGGGCGGCCCGCCCAAGUCGUUGACUUAACUUCGUUAUAUUAUAAGGUGCAUAGUCUGUGUAAAUAAUGGUUUUUGUGACCGCAGAAUAUUAAGUUUUACUACACGAUCUGAACUUAAAUCACAAAAGCUAUCGUUGUGAAAAAUGAGAUGUAUUUAUGCUGUAAAGCUUGGCUGGGUUUAGAAUUAAGUUUUCGUUUCAUGUUGUUGCUUCAAUCUUGCUUUUACUUUGAACGCAUACAAUUUAAAAAAUAAUGAUUUCAUGUUUAGAUAGAGUGAUUUUAUUCCCUCUUCAAAAUUAAAUAAAUAAGUACCUACAUAUAAACUUUCAUUCUGUUAAUUGGAAAAUUUUAUGCCAAUAUUAUUGGCUUCAAAAUAUUUAUUUACUGUCGUGCUGUGUGAACUAAAGCACCUUUUCAUUGCGGAACAUAAUUUAACUCUGAAGUCUGUAUAAAGCGUAAGUAGCUUUUGAUCACAUAAUAAGGUGCGCUUGCUGUGAAACAAAGGCCUGGGAACCCCCCUCAAAGGUGGAAACUCCAACUUCCAGGCACCGGAGUCGAGCAGGAACUGAAACGCAAAUGAAAUGCAGUAUGUCGUCUAAGUGAACAAGUUGGACAAGGUAACUUUAUAUGCGAGGACUUUUGACGGAAACGAGGCUUAUGUCGUUCUGGUACAUACUGCAACUCCUGGAACAAUUUGCUAAAAGAAAUCUGUGGAAAUCACUCUGACGCUAGAAAAACAAUAUUAUGCUAUUUUUCCAAUGGAAAAUAUCAAAUAAGACUAUUUUCAUCUGGUUUGAGGCAGUGAUCUGAAUUUAUUGGUAUUGGCUAGGACCACUGCUCAGUUCACUGUCAACUUAGAAUGACAGGUGUUAGAAUGCGCUGAAUGCGUUGCACCACCUAACUUUGACCGUAACUACAACGAUAACCAGGGUUUUUUGUAUGGAGUUUGACAGAUUUUUGACGUUUGUCAAAGUUAAAGUAAGAUGGUGCAACCCAGCCUAAAAGUGUUAACUUUUGAACAGUAAUUUAAAUGGUUAAUCAUGGCAAUUAAUCAUUGGGUGUAAACGCCAUAAAAAGCUCCGCCCUUACGAGCAUUCACCAGUCGCGGUUUGAAAACUAGAGUCAACAGUAACUCAUACUAUUUUGUUUCAAAAUAGCGCCUGUUACGAGCACAUAAGAAUCAACAGUUACGAGUACACUUGAUGUGCUGUUUGUACGUUUCAAUCUCGCUGGCAUUUAGUUCAAAGCCGAAUAGAAACGUGAACUUUUUGCGGUGCGCCGUUGUUUCGUUAAACGGAAAUGGUUUUUUGCACAAUGUGUGUUUUGGGCGGGGUGACACUUAGUUAAAGUAGGUUUGUUUUUGUGAGAAACUUUUGUUUUAACUAACUAUUAUUUCGUUCGUUUCAACCGAAAGACGUCAACUGCUGGACAAAGGCCUCCCCCAAGGUUUUCCACAAAGACCGGUCCUGCGCCGCCCGCAUCCAGGCACCUCCCGCGACCUACACCAGAUCGUCGGUCCACCUAAGGGGGGGGGGGCCUGCCCACACUACGUCUUCCGGCUCGUGGCCGCCAUUCGAGAACUUUACUGACUGAAGAUUACCAAGAUAAAUCUCAAGAAAAAAUACAAUUCCAGAUGCUUGAUUAUUUUCAAUUUUAUUCUUCUUCCAUGUUUGGAUUUCAUUCGGACUCAAAGUAUUGUUUUAUCUAAACUAAUAACAACAAAUAGUGUUUCACUGCAAACUAACCAGAGUGUAUUUGCUUUCAGGUUAAUAUUUACUGAAACCUGAAUGUGUCAGAUUAAUAUCUACUUCAUAAAUAUUUACUUUAUUUAUUUUUAUUUUCGUUGUCAUUAAGAAUUGAAGGAUAAUAAUGAUGACAUAACUUUUUGUUCCAAUAAAUCUUCUUGAAAUUUUUAGUACCUAAUCUACGAGUUUACGACCCAAUUGUUUAGAAACACCAGUAAAAAUUAACGACCCGAACUCUUCAGUCUCUUUUUACUGUCGGCUUUAGACUUGUUUUAUGUACAGGCACAUUAAGUUAUACACUGUAGUCGUAUGUACUUGUAAUAAGGGUGAUUUCGCAGCAAAAAUAAGAUUUUGUGGUAAAAAAGGAGUUAUUACAAUUUCUUAAAAUGCCACAAUGUUUACUUUGACUUUGGUGCUUUUGUUGAUCGUUUUUACGAUUGGUUUACCCAAAAGUUUAUUAGUGUCUCUAGAUCAAUCUGACAUUCGUUAAAAUUUUAUUUAUUUAUGCAUGACAAGGCAGGUAUUUGACCGCAUCUGGUGUUAAGUGAGAUGCAGCCUAUGAUGGUAGGUACAAUAUCUACCCUGUAAUGUAAAUGGCAACCGCUACUUUUUUACGUAAUUCGUGUUACGUAAUUAAUUAAUAUUAAUCGCAAAUCCAAAUCGAUCCUAAAUUGUCUAUAAGCACGGAAACGCAAAAGUUCGGUUUUCUUACCAACAUUAUGGAAGUUUGUUUUGUAUAACAACGAAGCGAAGGGCCCUCGAACUUUUAGAUCGAUUCGACGACCGUGACCCCAAUCCCAUCAAAUCAUCCAUGGAUACCAGAGGCCAGCUGUUCUAUAUUUAAUCCGAAGUUAAAUUUUGGCUUUAGAAAUACCAGAACAGCUUGCUAUCAUUCAACGGUCGACAAAAUUGGACCGACUGAACUUUGCUGGCCGCCUGCCAAUUGCUAACAAACGAUUAGGAGUUAGCGAAUGAUUAAACUUUUGGGGUAGUGCAACCGGCCUCGUGACCCGAUGUUACAUAGUUUUCAAAAUAUUAUGCGAGUAGGUAUAAGGGCCUCUUCUAGUUUAGCUAGUUAGUUUUGCAGGGCAAUCGAAUAUCGCACAUAUGCCCGUUUUCACCAUCAAUCACAAAUUUUAAGUGACCCCUUUGAAAAAUUUUUGUUAAGUGUUAUCAUAGGGGUCACUUAAAAAUUAGGGAUUGAUUGUAAAAACGGGCAUUAGCCUCUUGAUUGGGCCAUUGUGCGCUAUUUAUGGUUUUAUUCUUCCUACUCCAACCACCCCAGAUCCCCCCAGAAAGCAAGCAGCUUGUCUACGCCGCUACAGGCCUCCUGCAGCGACGAUGGUGAUGAACUAACUACUAAGUUCUAGUUACUUCCAGAAUAACACUAUUCAGCAAUCAGCAAGAAGUUAAACUUAGAACUUUAUUCGGAGAUCGUUAAACAGGCCCUUGGACUAAUCAAUUUUAUAAAUGGUUAGUUGACAACAUUAAAUCGUCCCUAAAACAUUUGGUUUCAGUCUCGAAUACCGAAUCAAUAAUUUGAAAAUAGAUAAAUUAGAUUAUAGUUACUUGAGACUAUAAAUAGGUUAAUCGAGUUGGUAAAUAAAUAACAUCAAAGGUACUCGUAGAAUAUUUUAUGGCAGAAUCGCGUUUUGACUCGAGGAUCAAUUAUUAAAAUUUAGUGUUGUCGACUACCCAAUAAAUAUUUUAACAAUUAUUUUAAUAAUUAGUUUUGAGAACUAUUAGCCUGGGUUGCAUCAUCUUGCUUUAACUAUAAAAAUCUGUCAAACUUCACACAAAAAUCACCGGCCAAUCGUUAUAGUGGUGCAACUCAGAUUGUUUUUGUUAUAGAAUAAAUGUAUCGAAGCCUAGCCCUUUACUUUUAAUAAUCAUUAUUCGAAUUCUUGUCCUACUUUAGGUUAUUGGAAAUUGAUUUAUUCAUAGUAUCUAAGUGCGUGUAAUAAAUAACAAUUGCAAUCUUUGUGUACUAAAAAACAGAAUGAACAAUUUUAUGUUUUCAUACAAUAAUAAAAACUUGACGGUGUUUGUUCUAAUUUCUUUUUUUGUUAAAAAAAGAACAAAAUAAACUUUAUUAUGUAUGUAUGUAAGAGGUUAUAAUAAAAUAUUAUGUAUUACUAAACUGUAAUUUAUAGUUAAGAUGUACUUAUAGUCGAGUAAGGUGGUCGUGUUGUAAUACAAAUGUCGUAUAAGAUCGGUGUAACAAAAUGUUAAUUUGAUUUUAAAAUAAAUUCUAUUAUUUAAAAUUAUUGUGAAAA